CCCAGGACUGAUAAAUAACGCAUCCAGUGGCUUACUGCAGGCAGUGCAUGAAGAUCUCAAUGGUUCGCUGGAUCACGUUGACAGUAAUGGAAAUAGCAGUCCAGGCUGCUCUCCUCAGCCUCACAUACAUUCUAUCCAUGUCAAGGAAGAACCAGUGAUUGCAGAGGAUGAAGACUGUCCAAUGUCCUUGGUGACAACGGCAAAUCACAGUCCAGAGCUGGAAGAUGAUAGAGAGAUUGAGGAAGAGCCUUUAUCUGAAGAUCUGGAAUGAAAAGGGACUUGAGAAACCUCAAAAUGAAGGGACAUAUCACUGACCUUCAGAACCACUCCGCAACCAUGAAUAUUUGACAAAUUUUUACUGUGACUAUUUAUUAAGCAUGGAUAAAGAAGAACAGCCCUAAAGGAACUUGUUAAGCCAGCCCUUUGGGACCCAGUAACAACAGGCAAAUUGCUUGUUUUUCUUCUUUUUCUUCUUUUUUUUCCUUUUUCCUUUUUUUUAAAGAUAAACUGAUUUUCUUGAGGAAAAAAAAAAAACAAAACUGUUCUUUAUAUAAUGGCUCGCCCAUUUAAAAAAAUGUGGCUCUUAAGGGUUCAUGAAAUGACUGAAUAUGAGGAUACAUGUUCUGUAGAAAGCAAAUGGGCCUCAUAUACUGCCAAAAAUAGUAUUAGUUUCAUUAAUGUGAAUUUCCAGCAUACAGUAGUUGUAAUGUUAGAAACAAUUGCUGGUCAAGUUCAACUUGUUGCUAUUGUUUUUAAUUUGCACAGGAGUAGUAUCAGAAAUUAGUGUCACUGCUUGUAUCUAGCUGAAUUUUAAACAACAGAACAUUAGUUUUUUAUGUUGGUGCCACCAACUGUAAAUGACAUAAGUUAGUUAUUACAAACCACAGUAAUUAGACUGUUGCAACCAUCUAAAAACCUUUAGGCUUCCAGUCUGUGCUGUUAGUGUUAAGAUGUAAAGUGCAAUCCUAAGCUAACAUUGUCUGUGCAAGCACCAUAGAAACAUUUGCAUAUCUGCAUAUAUCUUACAACUGUACUCUUUACCUCCUUGUGAUAAAGCUUUGUCUACCUGCAAACACAGUCAAAGGCUACAGCUGCAAACCAAAGCCAACUCUAACAAUGGCCAAUAGCUCAACGACAGAAGCAGCCACAUGCUUUGGUCAGCCUUCUGUAACUUUAAUUAGUACAAAGGAACCUUUCCAUGAACUACCUGCUGUUUUCUGAUGACCUCUGGGAUCUUUUCAUUUAGCCCUAUACAAAGAAACAAAUAUGAAAAAGUCAAUUCAUUCACAGUGUAAUCUUCUGAGGCCAAAAGUCAAUCUAAAUGCAGUGAAGAUUUGCUUUCAUUUAAGACAGAGGUGAGAACAAAGUCUGCAGUGGAAGUUAUGAUAGAAAGCAACAAAUGUGGAUCACUGACCAAAAUAAUUAUGUACUUGAUGCAAAUGCAGAUUGCAUAUUGUUAUAUAUAAUACAUUAUGUUUUAUUUUUUUCCCAUUCAGUCCGUUUUUUUCUGUGGUGAAUACAUGUUGUUAGAAGAUGUCUUGUAUGGUCUUACUCUUUGUUGUGUACUAUUUUUUAUAGUCUUAAGUUAAAAU